ACUGUGAGGCUUCAGAGCAUGGGGUUGGCCACUAUUGUCGCCACGGACCCUGGCCAUGAGGCAGGGCAGGGCUGUAGAUGACAUGGACACUAAGGAGAAGCUGGGAAAAGGAAUUGCUUCCCAUGUAGUAUCUACAUCAGCGUUUUGCUAUGGAUUCAAGAAUCGCCACAUCCAACCUGCCUGCCUUUGGCGUUGUGUCUGGCAGCGAGGCAGAGGAUGGGGCAGCUGAGACCAAGGCGGGAGCUGAUCCUACGUAUGGAGCCUUGGAGGGGAUGCUGCUGCCUGGAGGAACACCCAGGGCAAUGGCAAGCGAGGCCAAUUUUGAGGAAGACAGCCAGGAACAGCCAGCUGUGGGACAUUGGAAAACACUAAUGCCAUCCAAAGGCAGCAAGGAGGAGCCAGAGACUGGAUGCCAGGAUGCUGGAGGUGUGGAUGAGACCCAGUCCACUGAGCAGCUCAACGUGUCACGUCUACGCAGCUCUUCAGUGGAGAUCCGUGAAAAAGGGUCUGAAUUCCUGAAGGAAGAGCUGCACAAAGCUCAAAAGGAGCUGAAGCUGAAGGACAAAGAAUGUGAGAGACUGUCAAAAGUCAGAGAACAACUGGAGCAGGAACUGGAGGAGUUAACAGCUAGCCUGUUUGAGGAAGCGCACAAGAUGGUGAGAGAAGCAAACACUAAACAGGCAGCAUCGGAGAAGCAGCUAAGAGAGGCACGGGGCAAGAUCGACAUGCUGCAGGCAGAGGUAACGGCUCUGAAGACACUGGUGAUCACAUCCACGCCCUCCUCUCCAAACCGGGAGCUGCACCCUCAGCUCCAGAGUCCUUCUAAAGCUGGCUUCAGGAAAGGCCAUGGGCGAAACAAAAGCACCAGCAGCGCAAUGGUCUCAGCUGCCAGCCAGAACGUAACUCCAGAGCCGGUCAGCCGUGAGUGCAAAGAGGUCGACUCCAUUUUAUUUGCUGAGUUCCAAGCCUGGAAGGAAUCUCCAACUUUAGAUAAAUCCUCCUCCUUCCUGGACAGAAUUUAUCGAGAAGAUAUAGGACCUUGUCUGGACUUCACUAAGCAGGAGCUGUCAGAGCUGGUGCGAGUGGCUGUGGAGGAGAACACACUCACCAUUGAGCCUGUUGCUUCCCAGACACUGCCUUUGACGAAGAUGUCAGCAGAAGAGUGCAGUGGGCCAAAGAAAUGUGCUCUGAGUGGCCUUCCCAGGACCUGCAAGCAUCGCAUCAUGCUGGGGGAUUCUGGGAAUUACUACUACAUUUCACCAUCCUGCAGGGCCAGGAUCACAGCAGUGUGCAACUUCUUCACAUACAUCCGCUAUAUCCAGCAGGGCUUGGUGAGGCAGGACGUGGAGCUGAUGUACUGGGAGGUUAUGCGGCUCCGGAAGGAGAUGUCUCUGGCCAAACUUGGGUUUUAUCGCAGUGAGAUGUAAGUAGAGGCCUGACCGUGGAAGGAAACUGCUCCUAUAUGAACAGCUUGUUAUAGUCUGCCAAGCAGAUGAACGCAGUGCCUCUCCAGCAAUGGGCUGUACUCCCUUCCCACCCUCGCUCUGCCUGAAGCUCAUGAAGGAGCAAGAAGCACAAGUUCCACCUUCAGCUGUCCCACUUCUCCAACUGUGACUGGAAUGCAGCGGCUGUGCUACCCUCUCUGAGCUGGGCUGGCCCUGGCUGCUCCGAGGUGGCCAUCUACAGACUGUCCUCGAUGGAGUCUCCUAUAUGCAGUGUAUACUCAUUUUUUUAAACUCAUUUUUAUUAUAUGCAGUCUGCUUUGGCAUAGUUUUAAGCCAGCCCUGUGCAAGGCAGGAGUCCUGGACCUUCUCUUCAUAAGCAACUCUUUCAGGACAGAUGCUGGAUGUCUGUCCGUUUGUUCCACCCACUUUUUGGGGUGGAAAGUGCUGUUGUGCCCAGCUGCACGCUGAGGUCCUGCUGACCGCUUGCUCCCCGAACAGCCUUGUAAAUGCCAGCAGCGCACAAUAAUCUUAUGGAGAGCCAUGAACAGCCUGUUUCCAAGUACUUCCUUGCUCCUUUUAAAGGAGCCUGCAAGAGAAGCUUUCUGCCAACUGAGUCACAAAGAAGGAUUUGUUGCUGUUUUUAGCUUGCAAUUUGGCACUGGAAAAUCCAGGCUGGGGGAACAGCUGGAGCAGAGGCCGGAGCCGUGCACCUGGGGCCUUUGGCAGAAGAAAGCAAGCAGGGAAACUGCAUAACUCCCAGCUUGGCUGCAGGCAGUGCAGGAUUUCUCCUGGUCUAGAGAAGCUGCUGCAGUUGUCACGGGCAGAUGCAGACCCUGUGACAGUCCUUGGUGCAGAAGUUCCCUAUGGUGCUCUUAGAUGCAAACCUCCUGAACAGAUGGCUAUGGUCUGUUACUUCUCUCAGGGUAGUUUGGGCAGUACCAGCCUCACUGUUUUGAUCAAAACCACAGUCCCAGGUUGGGCUCAUCUCCAGAAGGAGCAUGCUCAGGCUGUCGGCAGUCUUGAGGCCCCAAGAUCUCCUCCCUAGUGUUGCAUCAGACCUAGAGAUCCACAUCCACUGGGAAACCCUACUUUUUCUGAUCUGCUGUCCUUGUUGAGGAGAUUGAGACACCUUGUGUGCACCUGAGGGACAUAGCUGUGUUUCCUGUAUGCCUCAACUGUGCUGGGAAGCUACUAAGGCUGUUGUAAAGUGGAGGUGCUCCAUACUCAGGCCUGGGUUUGUCUGUACAAAACUGUGUUAAAGCCAUGACAGUGUUUUUUGGGUUUUUUUUAGCCAAUUUAACCUUUUUUCCACUGACUAUGGAAUCAACUUGACCACCGCCCACGUCGGGGAUUUCACUUCAUGUAGUGUUUCUGCACUUUUGACUGGUUUGUCACCCUGUCCCUCUGCCAUCAUCGUAACUCACCUUAGCAAGUUGGUGCCCAGAACCAGAUCACCAUCCUCCACUCCGUUAAGUUCCAUCCUCUCCUGACAGAUGCCACUGUAGGAAAGCUGUACCUUCAGUGGGAGAAAACUAACCGAGCUGCUGUGGUUUUGUCCAGGAGAGGAAGGAAUAAAUAGACAGGGAAGCCAAAAGUCUUGGUUUGGAGCCUACUACAAGGUCAGCUUCGCAGCAGAUUGAAGAACCUUCCUGGAGAAGAUGCCCAGGAGCAAGGCUUUCCUGUCAACAUACUCAGUAUCCUGUUGACUUGUUCCUCAGGAGGCUCUUGCACCUCAGGAAACUCCUUUCCUUAUAGCUAUACUGAUAUUGUUUGCCAAGGUUUAGUAGCUCUGUGGAACUUGAGUCCUCAUCCCCAGAGCUGGGAGAAGCCGUACUAACUUUGAUCCCACCUCCUUCAGCUCAGAAAGGGUCGACCUCCGAAUCAGAGUUAAUACUCCAUUGUUUUGGCUUCCCACAACCUAGUGCCCCAACUCAUCCUCACCUUAGCUCAGUGAGUGCACGCAUCUGCUACUCUUUACCAAUGUGCUUCAAUGUGGAGUAAAAGCCCGGAAGAUAGAUCUUUGAGUAAGAAUCUGGCUGGGUCUUGAGCUGGUGAUAAACCUGCAUCACUUUUGGUGGUGUCUGCAGACUUGUGGCAAUUUGGCAUCUGCUUUUCUAGUGGAGAAAUAAAUCUUUUCCCAGCUGUGGAUUUCAGCUCGAGUAAAUUCUAACCCUGGUGGUUUCUCCUUGUAUCUCUUCCUCCUGAUCUCGAUGUGCCAUCCUGCGUCAUCAGCAGCUGCGUUGCACAAGAGAUGUGGCGGCAUUGCAGUGCUGGGAAUGAGGUGAUUUCUCUAUGCUGGGGAUUGUUUUGGUUUGUGGGAUUCCCCCCCAGUGUCACUUUGUAAAGCACUUUGAGAUGAAAGGAAUUAGAGAAAUGCUUUGUGUAAGGUCAUCUUACGUUUAAAACAAAGCAGAGAGAAUGAUUGGGGAAUUAAUAUGAAGUCACUCCGUUAACAGCAGGAUGGUUGCACCCUGCUCUUUAAUAAAGGAAAAUAAACAUUUGCUCUUAACCUUUUUAAA